AUGUCCCGCAUUGAGCUUGCGGCAUUCGGUGAACUUAAUGAACUGACUACCCUGGAUUUGUCGCACAAUAACAUAUCUGUUCUACACGCUUAUAUGUUGGAUGGAAUUCGCGGAAAUCCUGAUGUGAUGUACAUUCAUGACGGAACAUUCAGCGGUUUGAACGUCAGCACUCUGGACGUACAAUUCACUGGGAUAUCGGAAUUGAACUGUUCAGACUUCAGCGGUAUAGGCGAAAAAGUGUCAAGGAUAUAUUUGCCAAACAACUUGUUGAACCGUGUACCGAGUUGCACUCUAGCCAGGUUCAACUCGAUCACAAAACUGGAUCUGCGUAACAAUAGCAUUAUUACCGUAAGACCAAGCGAUUUCGAGCAUUUUCCACGUCUACAGACAUUAGAUUUAAGUGCAAAUGGAAUGUCCCGCAUUGAGCUUGCGGCAUUCGGUGAACUUAAUGAACUGACUACCCUGGAUUUGUCGCACAAUAACAUAUCUGUUCUACACGCUUAUAUGUUCCAUGGAUUGACGGAGCUGAAAACUUUGGAUCUCGAUUUUAACAAACUUACAUCGCUAGACGACAAUCUUUUCGAUGACUUGACGAAUUUGGAAAACCUGUACUUACGAAACAACAGAAUUAGUGGCCUCUCAAAGAGGACUUUUAGGAAUCUUAGGCGACUUGGAUAUAUAAGCCUGAUGAGAAACAAAUUGACUCAUUUGUUACCUGAAACUUUUGCAGGACUGACAAAUCUUUACGGAUUGAGUCUUCAUGACAACAGGCUAAGAGAGAUUGGACCUAGGAUGUUUGUUGGCCUGUCUAAAGUGACGUUCAUAUAUCUUAGUCUUAACAAAUUGACAGUGAUUAACAGAGAUGCGUUUGUUGAUUUUCCUGUUUUAAGGUACCUUAAUUUGACCGGUAAUGCUAUCCGAAAUAUGCAAGCAGGUAACCCCUUAACGUGUGGAUGUGAGAUUGCUGGGUUAAGGAACGGCACCGUGCCGGACAAGAUAGACUUGGUACGCUGUCAUUCUCCUCGGGCCUUUACCGGGUAUCUCGCCGUGUGUUUUCCGCUAUCGGCAUGUUCCGGAAGUGUUUCUGUGUCAGUCAGUGAUAAGACUAGAUGGCUGUGUGAACAGGACUCCAAUAUAAAACUGUCAAAUCUAACUGUGACUGUUGAAAACGGUGUGGUCAGCGUUACCUGGACGAAGACUGGACCCGGGAUGAUGACAGGUUACAGAGUAGAAUACCAUCCAGUGAAUGAUAUUGGUAUGGGAGGAUCCACUUUAGUUCACCCGGAAACAGAAAAGGUGCUUCUUGACGAUCUGUCAAAGGACACGACUUACAACAUAUGUGUUUUCGCUGUGGUAGGUUCACGGAGGAAAAGCCCGGCGGUUUGCACGGUCAUACUUGUAAUCUCUGCAAGAAACGAAACACCUUUUGCUGAAGGUGGUGUCGUUAUUGGUCUAGCCUCAGCUUUGGGGUUAUGUGUUCUGUUAGCAGGAGCUGUGACGAUUUGCCUGUAUGUACGAAAGCGUAGAUCAGGUCAGAAUCAGUCGAAUAAUUCCUCCCUUGACACUGCGCCUGGUUAUUCACAAUCUGUGUCGACAAACCCUGUAUCUGCACCCACAAGUGCGUGUGUUCAAGCAGAGCCGGGUGAUGAAAUAGACAGUGUGUAUAUUCGACGUCCGAACAACGAGAGUCAAACUGAAGAUGGGAACAUAUACGAGAAGAUUGGCACAUCAACUGCGUAUGAAAACACGAGUUUCGGUUCAUAA